AUGGGGGAACGACGGUUGCACAAUCGGCCGGCUGGAGGUUCCGUGUUCAACGAGCAUUCGCGCGAGAUCCGCGAACGUUUGCAUUUUUGUGAUCGCUUUUCUGUUUACCAGAUCGUCAGCGAGUCCAUUUAUUUGAACACCAUUAUCAUAGCCACCGUGGCGUGCCUUUUCGUCAUAUCAACCAGCUUCGUCUCGCAAUUCUUGAACCACAGGCUUCUGCUCUUUAUUUCUUACGGCGCCGCUUUAUCUUGCAUAGUCUAUUUCAUUUGGUCGACGAACACCGUGAUUACCUUGGGAUUAACCUGCGUGUUCGUGGGAUUGACGAACAUUUCGUUGAACAUCGUCGUCGCGGCUGCUGUCAUCCUCUUCCCGACGUCCUUGAGAACGAUGGCAGUGAGCCUGGUGAUGACCUCCGGCAGAAUCGGCUCGAUAAUCGGGAACGUGCUGUUCCCGGUGCUCCUAGCAUACGGCUGCAUAGCUCCGAUCCUGACGCUGUCGGGCUUUCUGCUAAGUUGCAUCGCGCUGACUUGCCUGCUGCCUCGGUCCCGGAAAACCGACGAAUAACGCGAGGAAUCCUCGUUCCGACUCGACCUCGGCCGGAGUUCCCGCCAGUAAUUCUCCGUCGAAGGCACCGCGGCGGUCUUUCAUCGUGGAACUGGGCCAACCGUGCGCGGAUCCCGAACCCUCGGUUUGCGUCAGAAUAUCGAGUCGUUCGGCGGAAAAGUUAGCAAGUGGAGUGCAGGUACUCUGAUCGAUAGUAUCCUGUCCGGAUAUCAUCGCGGUCCGUCUCGUUUUUGACUCGGCCGCCGGAAUCUCGGCCGGCGAUCGUUCGCGCGGCUUCCGCGCGGGCCCCGCGUUUCAAAAUCGGCGCGCGUAAAAGCGAGUGGAAAAGUGGAAAGACGAAAACGGAGAAGGUUGCGGAGGAGUGCCAGUGGACUACGAGUCCGGGUCAUCGAAGCGAGAACCACCAUGGGGGAACGACGGUUGCACAAUCGGCCGGCUGGAGGUUCCGUUGGGGGUCAGAUUUUUCAGCCGCGGCCGCGGCCGCGGCGCAGAUCGAUACCGAUCCGAAACGAUGAUCGAGCGCGUCGAGGACGAUCGCCGAGCCGCGGCGACUCCUUAAGCGCGUCCGCACGCGGCGAGGCCUUGGGUUUCACUUUCGACACAUCCUGGAGAGCCCUCCAGCCUUCACCCACAUGCUCGUUCGUCUCGAUCCCGUAUACACACCUCGGGGUUCGGCUUUCUUGUGGACGCUGUGCCAUGCUGCCGCCACCGCCGCCGUCAUGCCGCUAUCUCGCGCCCGGGAUCUCGACAAUCUCGACACGUACGCGGCCACGACCGCGCUCCUUCGCGGCGGUAAAACGGCAACGCGUCGCGCUGAUCGAGUAAUUACGCGUGUCCAUAAAAACCGAGCGUGUACCUAUUAUAUACUCGCCGGACGGUCGACAAUAGGAGAAAGUCAAGGCGCCGAUCGCGACCGGCCGCGUUCCUUCACGGUACACGUUCGAUCGUCCCGGGCUGCUUCUUCCUCGUCCAAUAUCUAACUGGCUGAUCACGUUGCCCGUUUCUUGCUGUCGCCUUGUACCGAUCGCUUUAAUCCUUCGAGGACGAAUCUCGACGUAUCGACGAUAACAUCUGCAGUUUAACGCUAGAUUUACGGAGCACUAAAAGCAACUGUUUUAUAUUGGUUUGUAAUAGUAUAAGACAUUUAUACGGAUUUUGAACGUGUGUUGUUGCUAGAUUGCGGAUCUUUGUGCAAAUUUUGAGUUUCAUACGUCAUUUUGAAAAAUAUUAGAACUAAGAAACAUAUUUUUUCGUCAAGUAAAAGAUUACAUGCCGUAAAAAUACAAUAAAAAUUGCACCUUGUUAAUUUAUACGUUUCCUUGCAUUUUUAAAAUUUGCACAAAUCAUGAAUGUAUAAAGAUUCGUAGUCUAGUUAUUGUAAUGUUUGCCGCUAGUAACACGUGUAUCGAAUAAAUAACUCGUAAAUGUAUUUUUGCUAUUUGAAUACUAAUCGUAAAUGAAGAAAUUGGUGACCCACCAUUUUGACGGGAUCCGUGAACCUAGUGUUAAUAAUGACGAUACGGUGCCCAAUGGAACCGGUUGGUUCAAAAUACAACUAAUGCCUCCGUUGACAAAAAAACGAAAACAUUUUCCGAAGAAUCUAAUAUGUAAUUCGAUCCCGUUCAAUGUACAUUGUACACAACAAAAGAUUCUAGUUCUCCGAGGCAAAUAUUUUUUGUACUAUAAAAGUUCUCGUCCGCGACGAUAUUUGGUCGAAAGGCUGCAUUAUUAUAAACGAUCUUCGUCCACGGGAGAACGACUGUACAGUUUAAUUUUGUAUCGAUUCUCAGGGAAUCAGCUCCAGGUUAAAGAAUAUUUACAGUUCUGUCGAUAGUGUUAAUAAACUGUAAAUUGUGGAGUGUAUCUAGCCUCGCUGGUAUCUCUUCGAGUGAAAUAUGCUGAUGUCUGUAUUAAUUACGAAUUUCAAGAUUGCUUCAAUCAGGAAGACAGCUCCGAAGACUACUACAUACCUCGAGCACACACGUACGUAGGACGUUUGUAUAUUUAAGUUGGUCGGUACACCUGUCUUAAUCAAAUAAAUCGGGUUGCGAAUCAA